ACAAGCAUGCCAGUGCUAUCUGAAGAUUCAGGGUUGCAUGAAACCCUAGCCCUGUUGACCUCCCAGCUCAGACCAGACUCUAACCAUAAAGAAGAGAUGGGGUUCUUGAGAGAUGUCUUCAGUGAGAAAAGCCUCAGUUACUUAAUGAAGAUUCAUGAGAAACUUCGCUAUUAUGAGAGACAGAGCCCAACUCCAGUUCUGCAUAGUGCCACAGCCCUCGCAGAGGAUGUAAGGCUUUCCCAUGUUAUAGAAGAGUUGCAGGCUGCAUCAGUCCACAGUGAUGAGAGGGAGCUGCUCCAACUGCUGUCUACUCCCCAUCUCAGGGCUGUGCUCAUGGUACAUGAUACUGUUGCUCAGAAGAAUUUUGACCCUGUUCUUCCCCCUCUGCCUGAGAAUAUCGAGGAAGAUUUUAAUGAGGAGUCAGUGAAAAUUGUCCGUCUUGUGAAAAACAAAGAACCUCUGGGUGCAACCAUCCGGAGGGAUGAACACUCAGGGGCAGUCAUUGUGGCCAGGAUCAUGAGAGGGGGCGCAGCUGACCGGAGUGGUCUGGUGCAUGUUGGAGAUGAGCUGAGGGAAGUCAAUGGGAUUGUGGUCCUACAUAAGCGGCCGGAUGAAAUCAGUCAAAUUCUGGCCCAGUCCCAAGGAUCCAUCACUUUAAAAAUCAUCCCGGCCGUUAAAGAAGAAGAUCGAUUAAAAGACAGCAAAGUAUUCAUGAGGGCUCUGUUCCAGUACAACCCGAAGGAGGACAAAGCCAUCCCCUGUCAGGAGGCAGGGUUGCCCUUUCAGAGGAGGCACAUUCUUGAAGUGGUGAGCCAAGAUGACCCCACAUGGUGGCAGGCGAAGCGUGUGGGGGACACCAACCUCCGAGCUGGCCUCAUUCCCUCCAAGCAGUUCCAAGAAAGGCGCUUGACCUACAGAAGAGCCAUGGGAACCUUGCAGAGCCCCAGGAGCAUCAAAAAGCCAUUGUAUGAUCAGUCUUGUGAUAAAGAGAACUGUGACUGCGAGGGUUACAUCAAUGGACAUUACAUCGCUGGGCUCCGGAGGAGCUUCAGGCUGAGCCGCAAAGAGAGACCUAGCAGCCAAAAUGAAGGCAAGGUGCCAGAGCCUCCUGAGCUCCUGACCUAUGAAGAAGUGAGCAAGUACCAGCAUCAGCCUGGGGAGAGGCAUCGACUGGUUGUCCUAAUUGGUUCUGUGGGUGCCAGGCUGAAUGAGCUAAAACAGAAGGUGGUGGCUGAGAAUCCCCAGCAAUAUGGCGUUGCUGUCCCACAUACAACCAGGACCCGGAAGAGUCAUGAAAAGGAGGGAGUGGAAUAUAAUUUUGUUUCUAAACAAGCAUUUGAGGCUGAUUUGCACCACAACAAAUUCCUGGAGCAUGGAGAAUACAAAGAAAAUCUCUACGGUACCAGCCUGGAGGCGAUUCAGUCUGUUAUGGCCCAAAACAAAGUUUGUUUGGUCGAUGUGGAGCCAGAAGCACUGAAACAGUUGAGGACCCCCGAGUUCAAACCCUACAUUAUAUUUGUAAAGCCUUGCAUCCAAGAGGGAAAGAGGAACUCACCAAUGUCACCAACUUCUGAGGAAACAUCAGGUUCACUGAGUGAAGAGCAACUGGAGAUGGUCUCCUCAGCAGCCUUCAUAGACCAGCACUAUGGCCACUUGGUGGAUGCAGUCUUGGUGAACGAGGAUCUCCAGAGUACAUACAAUGAACUCAAAGGGCUCUUAGAGAAGCUGAGCAAAGACUCUCAAUGGGUCCCAGUCAGCUGGGUCAGGUAAUUCUAUCCUUGAGCCUACAUCUGCCAUCAUCAAUGCCUUGUACAGAAGAAAUUUAUAAGUGGGAAGUUAUCUUUUUCUUUUUUAAAAAAUUCAAACCUGGCCCCCUUUGGAUCAGGGAAAUCACUGGAGAUGAAGGUGUUCUAAAAACUCGU